ACCACAUAUUUAUACCCUGAUAACAUUAUUGUGUGUUUUAAUUACAAUUACUUAUUUUAUUAUUUUUAUUACAACAAAUAAGUACAAUCAGUGUUUUUGUGUGUGUUUUUACCAUAAUACUUUUGAAACAAGUUUGAAAUAAUGGGUGAUUUCGGUAAAUUACGGGACAGAGUCCGGGAUCAGACCACUCGACUCUACCGUCGGGUCCGCAACUUUGGCCGAAGGAUUUUUGCUAAAAGCGAGUCUAACGGAGGGGCCGGAGGCCUGGGAACUACACCUGAACAGCAACACUAUAACAAUACGGUAGGGGUGGACAUGUCGAGCCCCACAAACAACAAGCCGGCCACUCAGCCACCAUUGCACAAAGUGAUCAUGGUGGGAUCCGGUGGUGUGGGUAAAAGUGCCCUAACGUUGCAGUUUAUGUACGAUGAGGUAGGUUGAUUAUUA